AUGGAGAGCGGCGACCCUUUCGCGGACCUCGCGCUCACCCAUUUCCACUCGCUGCUGGCGUGCCAUCGCGCACUGAAGGACAGAGCCGAGACAAUGGAUCGGUUGGGCUCGGAGCAGGCUCAGGUCGUUCAACUCCAAGGGCGCGUGACUAACGCCGAGAAGAGGUUUGCUCAUGCCAAGGAGAAGUGCAAGGAUGCCUUGCCUCGUGCUGAUGAGCUGAGCAGGAAGCUAACAGAUGACCUUGCUGCUGAGCAGGAGAAGGUGCGGUUGGAAGAACGGGCCGCGAUUCGUGCUGAGCUGGAGAAAGAUUUUGAAGAAGAGAGGAAGACCUUCAUCGAUGAGCUGGACUCGAAUCGAGAGAAGGCUGAAGCUGAGAAGGAUGAGCUGAAGAAGAAGAUUGAAGAGCCCAAAGAGAAGGCGGACGCCGACAAGACGGCUAUCGCGACGGAGGCCUUCGGAGCCUAUAAGAAGUCUGUUGCUUUCAAACAGCAACUGGCCGACUGCAUGUACCGCACCAUUGUGGCGGUACGGAAGAAGGUGAGGCCUGACAACCCAGGCUGCCACUGGAACACCAAAUAUAUUGUGCGUCACGUCUAG